UCCCCUGCCCGGAUCGCUCGGAGCCGCCGAGAGCGGAGCGCGGACGCGGGAGCGCGGGGAAGCCGGACGCGCCGGGUUGCAGCCCCCAUGGACGGCGGCGCCGACGGUGAGAACCUCCUGAAUUGCAGCAGGGCCUUAUCUCACCCGGACUGGCUGGCCGACAUCGAUUCCCGACUUCGGAGCCAGGAGGAGGAGCUGACGCUGGUGAAAUCGGCCUUAGCAGAUGCCCUGCGGAGACUCAACACCUACGACCAGCAGAUCCCUUGGCUCAGGCAGCAGCUGCUGGAAGCAGAUGCUAAAGAGGCUGCUCGGCUUCCCAAAGGCAAUGAUGCCCAGUGGAUCCUGCCUCCUGUUCUCUCCAGAGAUUCCAGUUCGGCUGUUGCCCGGAAAUUAGGAAGCCACAAGGAACCGGCGCUCGAAGCGGAGAAGAUCCAGGGGUCAAGGAUCAGCGUUGGGACCCAAACAGAGGAACUUACAGUACUGGGGGUGAACACAGGACAAUCUCUUAGCAAUGGAGGUCUUCUUCAGGCGGGGGAGACCUCAGCUGCAAGGGGAAGAUCUGGUCAGGACUCUUCAAAUGUUGGGGAGAUGGACUGUGCUGAAGGUCUUGUUGGUGGUGGCCCCUUCAGACUGGCCAAGAACUCCAUUGGGCAGCACGCUGAGAGAGAAAAUGUGGCUUCGGAGCUACAGACGGUCCAGGAGGACCCUGAGGUCCACCACUCUAACCACCAUCCACCUAGCACUUGGCUCCAGGAAGCUGAAGAUGUAGUAGAACCUUCACCAGAUGCCAGCAGGGACAAAUCCCCAAGCCCAGGGCACUCCCAGCCUGGGGGUCCUCCUCCAGGGCCAGGAACGGCCUCCCCGGAGCCUCUGCUGGAGGGGAGCAGCAACAGCAGCACCCCAGCCUCCCCAGUCCCCACCGUUCAGAAUCUGAUGGCCAGCAAGAAGGAGCUGUUGCGAAGGAACAGCUCCUCAGACAAGCUCUCCAGGACCAAGCAGCACCUCCAGAAGAAGGCUGCCUCCUCUGCAAAUCUCUUUAACCGGUCCAGCAGCCUUGAGAACCGAUCGAAGGAUCCCACUCUAAGUCCAGGGCCAUCAAGCUCUCGGCGUUUGAAUUACAACCUGGAAGGACUUUCCACUAAGAUGUUUCUGCGUGGACGCCCCAUCACCAUGUACAUCCCUUCCGACUUUCCCAACUAUGAGGACCUGCGCAUGGAGCUCCCAGCCGAGAAGCUGCAGCUGGACUGGGUCUACGGUUACCGUGGGCGUGACUGUCGCUCAAACCUUUACAUCUUAACUUCGGGGGAGUUCGUCUACUUCAUUGCCUGCGUGGUGGUGCUCUACCACGUCCAGCGGCGCACGCAGCGCCACUACCUUCGCCACACCGACUGCGUGCGCUGUGUUGCAGUGCAUCCUGACGGAGUCCGUGUGGCCUCGGGGCAGAUGGCUGGCGUGGACAAGGACGGCAAGCCGCUGCAGCCGUUCGUUCACAUUUGGGACUCCAUCACGCUUCUGACCUUGCAGCAAAUUGGCCUGGGCAGCUUUGAGAGAGGCGUGGGUUCCCUUGCCUUCUCCAGGGCGGACAAAGGGGCCUACCUGUGCGUAAUCGAUGAAUCCAAUGAACACAUGCUCUCCGUGUGGGAUUGUGUCCGUGGCAUCAAACAAGCUGAAAUCAAGAGCACCAACGAAUCUGUCCUGAUGGUGGAGUUUAAUCCCCAAGACAGCAGCAACAUAAUCACCGCUGGAAAAUCACAUGUCUAUUUCUGGACCUGGAUUGGAAACAGCUUAACCAAAAAGCAGGGAAUCUUUGGGAAAUACAAGAAACCCAAGUUUAUUCAGUGCUUUGUGUUCGACACCAACGGGGAUGUUCUCACUGGCGAUUCGGAAGGCAACAUCCUUACUUGGGCGAGAGUCGCUGCCGAUAUCCGCACUUUGGGCAAGGGGGCUAAAGAGACCUAUCAGAUCAGCAAGCAAACCCAUGCCCAUGAAGGAAGCAUCUUUUGUCUCUGCCUGUGCCGUGACGGUUCUGUGUUGAGUGGGGGCGGCAAGGACCGGCGUCUGGUUCAAUGGAGUCCCCUCCUUGCUGUCCUCCAGGAGGUGGAGAUACCAGAACAAUUUGGUGCUGUGCGCACCAUCGCAGAGGGCGAGAGCGGGGAGCUUUUGGUAGGGACCACACGCAAUGCCCUCCUACGCGGCACUUUGACAGAGGGCUUCAGACCCAUCAUCCAGGGCCACACAGAUGAACUCUGGGGAUUGGGGACUCAUCCGUCGCGAGACCUUUUCGUCACUUGUGGCUACGACAAACAACUCUGCAUGUGGGAUGGUGGGGAGCAUAUGAUGGCUUGGAGCAUCACACUAGAGGAAACAGGACUCUGUGCUGAUUUCCACCCCAGUGGGAACGUGGUGACAGUGGGGCUCAACACUGGACGAUGGCUGGUGCUGGACACGGAGACCCGACAGGUAUUGUCCGGCUACACCGAUGGAAACGAACAGCUCUCCGUAGUACGUUAUUCCCCAGAUGGUGAGUUUCUGGCCAUUGGUUCCCAUGACAACUUCAUCUAUAUAUAUAGUGUGGAAGAGAAAGAGCAUAAAUACACCCGGUUUGGCCGCUGCACGGGGCACUCCAGUUUCAUCACACAUCUCGACUGGUCCAAAGAUGGGAAAUUCAUCAUGUCCAAUUCUGGGGAUUAUGAAAUCUUGUAUUGGGAGGUGGCCAAAGGUUGCAAGCUAGUACGGAAUCGGUUUGACAACCGGGACCGAGAGUGGGCGUCGUACACCUGUGUGCUGGGUUUCCACGUUUUUGGGGUUUGGCCUGACGGCUCAGACGGCACCGAUAUCAACUCCCUGUGCCGUUCGCACAAUGAGCGGGUGGUGGCUGUCGCUGACGAUUUCUGCAAAGUGCACCUUUUCCAAUAUCCUUGUGCCAAGCCAAAGGCCCCAAGCCACGUCUACGGCGGCCACGGCAGCCAUGUCACCAACGUCUGCUUCACCCAUGACGACGGCCACCUCAUUUCCAUGGGGGGCAAGGACACCAGCAUCUUUCAGUGGCGGGUGCUGGGGGGCAGCCCGCCCGUCAGCCGCUCCCUCUCCUGCGUUUCCUCGCACGAAGCCGGGGCCAGCACCUGAGGCCGCAGAAAACCGGGACGGAAAACUCAAGGACGGCGACCAAGCCCUCACGGAAAGGCGCUUGGAGAGAUCUCCUACGUUUGGGCUGCACCCCGGGACUGGAGGACCCCCCCUGGGGUUGGGGAAUGGCUGCAAUCCCUGCUUAACUGGAGAAUUCCUUUGCUAACCGUGUCAUUUGCUUUCUUAACUUAAGCUGAGGGGCAACAGCUAGGCGUGGUCUGAUGGAUGAUGCAGAACGAAGCCUGCGGAAGGAAGCUCAGCCCCCAGCCGUAGUGUGUGGAAAGCACAUCCUGCUGUUUCUCAUGUGGUGGGCUGCUGGCACAGCCAGCAGGUGGAGAGGAAAAGUUUGGGAGAACUCGGCUCUGAGGCCCUGGAUUUUGGAAGCCCAGAGAAGGUGGGGAGACGGAUCUGUCGCCCCCCCACUCCUGUCCAG